CCACGCAGCAGCCUUGUUUUUUUGGUUAUCUCGGUUCAGCGUUGAAAUGUCAAUCGAGAAAGGGACUCUGACUAUUUCUUCUGCAGGCAGAAGUCCGUGGUACAAUGCCGAUGGUUCUAAUACAGAGAGCUAUUUGAUCGGCAUAGCUGGCGGAAGUGCAAGUGGAAAGACCAGUGUUGCUGAACGCAUUUUGAAAAAUUUGAACGUCCCAUGGGUGGUAAUUAUAUCGAUGGACUCGUUCUAUAAUAUUCUUAGUCCAGAGGACAGCAAAUUGGCCCACUCCAACAAUUUUGAUUUCGACGUUCCUGCCGCCUUUGAUUUCGAAACUCUUUUCGACUGUUUGACCAAACUUAAACAAGGAAAAUCAGUGGAGAUUCCAAUAUAUAAUUUCAACACUCAUUCACGAGAAACUCGAACCAAAACAGUCUAUGGAGCGAACGUCAUCAUUUUCGAAGGAAUUUUCGCAUUGUACGAUAAAAAGAUCAUUGACUUAAUGGAUUUGAAGAUUUUUGUAGAUACUGACGCAGACAUUCGCCUUGCCCGUCGAUUGAAACGUGAUAUCGCAGAGCGUGGCCGUGAUUUGGAAGGAAUCUUGCAGCAAUAUACGCGGUUUGUAAAGCCUUCCUAUGAUGACUUCGUUCAACCAACUGUCAGAAAUGCGGACGUUAUUAUACCAAGAGGAUUGGAAAAUGCCGUUGCAAUCGACCUUAUUACCAAACAUGUCCAGAAGCAAUUGCAAGACCUCCCUUUGAAGCAUCGCUGGUCUUUAGCCAAGAUGAAUUGUGGAAAUGUACUUCCACCUAACGUCACCGUUCUGAAAGAGACUAAUCAGAUAAAGGGCAUGCAUACCAUAAUUCGGGAUGUCAACACACCCAGAGACGACUUCAUUUUCUAUUCCGAAAGACUUUCUACCCUAAUCAUUGAAACAGGUCUUUCACAACUUCCGUUCCAAGAUGAAACGGCCAUAACACCUUUGGGACAUGAAUAUAAAGGAAAAUCAUUUAAGGGAACUAUUUGCGGCGUUUCCAUUCUACGAGCUGGAAGCACGAUGGAGACAGGACUGAUGAGGGUUUUACAAGAUGUUAAAAUUGGAAAGUUGCUGAUUCAAACUGAUCCUCGAUCAGGGGAACCGCAACUGCAUUACUGUAAACUACCGCAAAACGUGAACAAAUAUAACAUUUUACUCAUGGAUGCCACUGUCGGUACAGGCGCGGCCAGCUUGAUGGCCAUUCGCGUACUACGCGAUCACGAUGUUCCGGAAGAGAAUAUCAUUUUCCUUACAUUCCUCGCAGCACCUGCUGGCCUGCACGUUUUGGCCAAUGCUUUCCCUAAAGUAAAAAUCGUUACAUCUAUGGUUGACCCAGUAUUAUCCCCCGAAACUCUGUGGAUAGAACCAGGAAUUGGAAACUUUGGAGAUCGUUAUUACGGCACAGAAGAGGAUUAGUAUCUUCUCUUCUUCAGUUUACGAAUUGUAAUUUAGUGUUAAAUCCAUUGCUGCAAUACUAUGAUUUGGACGGCUAUUUGGGAUUCUUCAUAAUUGUAAGAUGGUAGCGACCUUUUCUUAAAUAAAACAAGCAAACACAAUGUUGACGUAAAGAUUCUGAAGUGGGUCUG